CGGCUCAAGAAGCGGGAACUCGAUCGCAAGGCCCAACGCCUGGCGCGAGAGAGAACAAAGAGUCGCAUCGCUCAAUUGGAGAGCAUGGUCGACAACCUCCGACAAGACGACUCCAAUGCUCAGAUAGCUACCUUAAUGGACCAAUUAGGCAAGGUCACGAAGGAGAGGGACAAUCUAUUACAGGUUCUCGAUUCUUUGAGCUCGACGAUUCGUCGGCACAUUGGCGAUAAUAGCUCCGCCACUACCACGAGCGAGCCACGGUCAGAAACAAAAUCCGAGUCGCCAGCUUAUGCUGGACCUACCAAAUCGCAGUCGCAAUCAGCACCAAACGACCGAGUAGUCCCAAUCAUAGUGCAAAGAUCGGCAUCAGAAACAAGCAACUCUACAAUACUACAACCCCCCAUAAACCCUCCCCCGCACGACCGCUCUACCUACGACGGUUGGAACUACGCCGUGAGUAACCAGCAUUAUCCCACCACAAUGGCCUUCGACAACUCGAUCCUCCCAUCCGCCGGCAACGGCUUCAUACCCAUCCAGCCUCUCUUCUCAGGCCUCCCUCCAACACCCGAAGAAGUCGACGUCAUUAUCCCCAAAGCCCCUGUCCUCUGCCACUGCUCCAGUCCCACGAAUUGCACAUCAAAAAAGUUAUCCGCUGAAGAGCUGGCGAUCGAGGAUUAUAAUGCGGAGGAUAUACCAGUGCGCGCGAUAGUUGAGGGCUGGGAAAGUGUUGAGAUGGCGGGAAAAAUGACGCCGACAUGGCGCAAACGACGUAGGGCUGAUGAGCUUUGUUCUCGGCAAUUGCGCGAAUACAGAGCGUCUGGCUGCGCUGAGGAUAGAACGGCGCGCGGCUUUACCGCGAUGGUAUUGGAAUAGGUGAGACAAGUCUUAUCUUUGCGACAAACAACAAGAAAUAACAAAUUACAGACCAUCGCAAGCACUACCGCACUCAUACGGCAUUGACUUCUUCGUCUGGUAAGUCCCCUUCAGCCUCAUCUCCACCACCAAGUGGGGUUGUAAU